AGAGACGAGGACUACGACUACGAGCUGGUGGUGGAAUCGAUUAGGGUGUCGGCCAUUUUGUUGGCGUAUAUCCCAACGGAUCCAAUGGGGGAUCCGAGGAGGCGUGGAAGUAACAUCAUCACCGAGAGCUCCAAGUGUAAGCGAGAAAGCUAACGGUGGCAGAGAGGGGCUAAAUCGCCGAGGGUUAAACAUUAAGUGUAGUCGGGGUGGGGGGGUUGCUGCGCGACAGCUGAAUAUUGUCAAGACUCGACAGAGAUCGCGAGUGAGCCAGUGUUCAGUUCGGCCCCACGCCGUCAACAUCAUCUUCGGGGUUGUUGUUCCACUCAUUCUCUCUUCUUUAUAUUUAUAUUUUAAAAUUAUUUACACUGUUAUUUAUUUUUUUUAUUUUAAUAUUUAUGUCCUCAUUGAAAUUUUUAUUGUUAUUUUUUUAAAAUAUCGUCUGUGUUUAUUUAUGUGCGAGUUUUGAUCAUCAAGGAACUCCAAAAAAAAAUAGUUUAUUGUCAAACUCAGUAGUAAUUUUAAUUAUUUUUGCCGGUGAACUUUAAUAAGAAACUACUGAAUUAGUGAGUCAUCAAGUGAUGAAAUAGUGAAAAAGGUGAUGAAGACUAAGUGAGAGCGAAAGUAAAGUCUCUGGACUGUCUUUACGUAAACAUAUAUACUAAAAUAUGUUUAUGUAUUUUUUUGACAGAUCGUGAAAAGUUCAAGGUGACAGCUGACAAAGUUUACACUAAAAUUUUUAAUUACCAUCAACAUUCAACUCUGGCAUAAUUUAUUUAAAUCACAGUGUCGUUGACUAUUCAAUUAUUUAUUAUCAAUAAUUUCCAAGCCUCCUGAUUUUUUCUGUUGACGCGGGAAUUUUGACAUAAUUAAUUACUCCGUUUGCUGAAAAAAAUUGAAUUACUGACAUUACAACAUGGAAGAUAGAUUCAAAUAAUGCGCAAUUUCGCGGGAAUUUUAAAAGAGUGAUACCUUUCUACCCACGGGUUUAAGUUUGUUGAGCAGACGCCGGCAUCCAAGUCGGCAGUCGCUAAAAAAUAGGGGGUUCUAGCGUGAUGCAGCGGACGGGUCCCAUCGGAGGACCCGGUCAUCUAGGACUCCAGGGGCCACCUCGGAGUCUCAAGAUAUCAUCAGCAAAAAUCCAAGACGAGUCUGGCGAUCCAAUAUCUCAGAAAGUUAAAAGUUCGUUGUGCGUUGGCUGCGGUGGUUGGAUCCAUGAUCAAUGGAUUCUGAGGGUAGCUCCAGAUCUAGAGUGGCACGCAGCGUGUUUGAAAUGCGCUGAAUGCCAGCAAUUUUUAGACGAAAGAUGUACAUGCUUUGUCAGAGACGGAAAAACUUACUGCAAGCGUGAUUACACGAGAUUGUUCGGGACCAAGUGCGAUAAAUGUAAUCAGUCAUUCAACAAAAACGACCUGGUGAUGAGGGCAAAAACGAAAAUAUACCACAAAGAAUGUUUUCGUUGCUCGGCGUGUAUGAGGAAGUUGGAGACCGGUGAUCAAUUUGCACUGAGACACGACGGACUCUUUUGCCGGCAUGACCACGACAUCCUCGAAAGUGGAAAAUAUUGUACAGACUCCGAGUCGGAGACUGGGUCUCACAAAGCGGGAACUGGCAACACGCGAGUGCCCGGUAGUCACAAGAGCGGAGGUGGUUCUGAUGGAAAACCAACCCGAGUGCGCACUGUGUUGAAUGAAAAGCAGCUGCACACACUGAGAACUUGUUACGCGGCAAACCCGCGACCAGACGCCUUGAUGAAGGAGCAGCUUGUCGAGAUGACUUCUCUCAGUCCACGUGUUAUUAGAGUUUGGUUUCAGAACAAGCGAUGCAAGGACAAAAAAAAAACUAUCGCUAUGAAACAACAAAUGCAGCAAGAAAAGGAUGGCCGUAAAUUAGGCUUCGGUGGAAUGCAUGGAAUCCCUAUGGUGGCUAGUAGUCCAGUAAGACACGAAAGUCCUAUCGGAAUGACUCCUCUAGAAGUUCAAGCCUACCAGCCACCUUGGAAAUCACUUUCUGAUUUUGUCAUGCACACAGAUCUCGAUAGAAUGGAUCCAAAUGCUCCGUCGUUUCAUCAUCUAGUCUCUCAGAUGCACGGUUACGAUAUUCACGGUGGAGUACCUCCGCAAUUAUCUCAACCAGGCAUGAUGGGAUCCAUGAAUGAUGGAACCGGUCCAGGUGGAGGACCACUACCGCCACCGGGACAUCUUCAUCCUGGGGCUGGUACCGGUCCCGACAUGGGACAGCAUCCAGACAGUACAGACAGCUACGUUACUUAUCUUGAAAGUGACAGUGAUUCCUUGCAUCAUGACACCGGCAGUCCGUAGUGCCAUCCUCUUAAUCUACAUUGUAAAUAGUUAUCGUAAAAAAAUUCUAAUUCUCACUCUCACUCACUCUAAUUAUUUUAAAUUAAUUAAUUACCUCGGAAGUUAUAAUUUAUCAGCUUGUUUACGUUUUAAUAAAUUUUUUAUGUAUUAAUUUAUUUUAAAACAAAUAUUUUUUAUGAUUAAAGAAAAGAAAAAAAAAUUGAUAGCCAAGAAAUCUAAUUUGUUUUUAAAUUUUAAUUCAUGAUGAAAGAAUAAGAAUGUAAUAUGUAAAUUAACGGUGAAAAAUUGUAUCUAACAUGGUAAUGUGAGAUAAGAAGACGCCGUCUUGGUUCAGCUUCGGUAGAUACGAUAAUUGCAAGAAUGGUAAAUAACGUUGUAAUAUAAUUAAUGCUACACGGCUGUUGUUAAUGAGCGUAACAGGAAUUACAAUGAGAAAAGGGUUUAUAAUAACGUGGUACCCUGCUGAAGAUGGUGGUGAGUAAUAGAGGGCUUUUUUUUUUGUUAUUUUUUAAAGAUAAAGUGAAAGAGAGAGUGAGAAUUAAUUUGUUUUUAAUUUAAUAUACCAAAGCACGCGAGAAAAUUAAAGAGGUUAAUAAUAAAUAUUAUUAUUAUUCAAAUAAUAUUGUAAAUAUUUAUAAAUUAAUAAGUUCUUAAGUAUACAUAAGAUUAAUAAUGUUAUGAAAACGAAAAAAAGUAAAAAUAUAUAUAAAUAUAUAUAUAAAUGAAAUUAAGUAUAGCUAUCGUACUGUAAAACGAUUUGCGUAUUUUGGAUGUUUGUAUAAAUUGACUUCGUUAUACAUACACAUUAUUAUAAAUUUAUAAAUAAUAUAACUCACAUCCUACUCUUGUGUAUGUAUAUGUUGAAUGUGAAUAAGAAAAAAAACUAAAAAAAGAACAAAAAUAAUUUUAAAUGCAAAAGAUGUGAUUGAUUUAUGUUAAAGUCAUUAUUCCUUAAUUAAUUUUCAACAAAUCCCGUAAAAUUUCUAUGAUAUUUCUAUACAAACACGAGUGUACGUAAUAAAAUGAUGAAAAUAUUUAA